CUUCUUUUUCUCUUUCUUCUUCAAAGUUAUCCACACGUUCGUCAUUUUCAUCGCCAUAGUCAUUGCUCGUUAUCUACACUAAACAUUAAGGCUAAUGAUUGGCGCCUGUACAACGACUGAGGGACUUUGCAAGAUGACAGAAAGUCGUGCCCCCCGGCCACGUAAACAGAUCGUUGCUCUUACGGCUUCUAUUUAACGGUCCGAUCUUCCGCAUCCGCUGGCCCGGCGGUGCGUCUAAUUCUGCUCACGGCUCAACUCUCAAGUAGCAAACGACGGGCUUUGAUCACAGCUUUCGUCUUCCUGUCACACCAGGCCAAGCUCGCGAUAACAUCUCGCCAAUCGGAUGCAAGCAAAGCCCGUACCGGAUAUGUGUGCAUCACGGGGCGAAGGCCGCUACACGCCCGUGGAUCAGUCUCAAGCGGAAUACCUUUGUCGCAAAGAUGGCGGAAAGAUAUGUCACAAAUAGGGAUAAAGUAUGAACGAACUGCUCUUAAUUGUAGAAAGAUUAAAUCCUCAAGUACUUUGUAGUGACGGAAAGAUAAACAGUGACGUACCAAAUAGUCGUUGGGGAGGGGAAUGAACUUGAGUGGUUGACCGUAUGUAGGCAAUGGAUUGUAAAAGGAACAGCAACUGGACAGCAAAUCUUGGCGCAAGCUUGAGAAAGCAACUGCGAGCAUCUGCAGCGCGAAGACCAAGACUUCAAAGGACGGAAGAUAGAAUGUCUAAUGUGAUCUCACAGUAUAGUAUGUCAAGUAUGACAAGUACCUUAAUCUUGUUGCAUUGGUUUGACAAGUACGAACUGUCUAAUCAUCCACCUUAUCCCUAACUUCAAUAAACAAUCGCAGUCUAUUUAUCUGCUAGAAGUGUGUACUUGUAGUGAAGUAUACAUUUCUUCAGUGUACUAGUAUGUACUUUGAUAUAUAUAUAUAUCUUUCCUUUCUGAAUAAUUUAAGUUGCCCUCACACACAAAUACUUCCCUUUGAUUGGAGGACUCAUGAAGUUUACAAAAACACAUUUAAACACUUGUUUUUAUCCAGUCAUACCAUAGCAGAAAAUGUGCAUUGAAAAAUUCAGUAUUGUGAUUUGAGUUCUCAAUCUAGUUGCUGUUCAGGAAUGUGGGUUGUCAGAUUAGAGGAGAAACCCUAGACUAGAACACAUGCACCUACCAGGCACUAGAUUCUCUGUCCCUGUGGUGGGUAAUCACCUAUUCGCGACUAGUCCUCUAUUCGAGCUUUUAUCACCUCAGCUCUGUCUCCUUCUUGAUCGUUGUCAGACCAACUCAUGUCUUCAUGUGCUUACAAACGUGUCGCGAGGCAAAAAGCAGGUCGUUUUGUGCUUCGUGACUACUCAUUAAGAUACAACAUUACAAGCCGGCUGAUAACAAUGAUUCAGAGAGCACCUGCAGUGACGGGUGAGCUCGUAAAGCGCUUCGGUUCUGGACAGACGAGGGACGUUGCAAGCGUGUUUGUCUGUGUGGCUGCGAGCAGAAUGGACAACAUGAGAGCCCGCUUGGUUGUCGUGCUGGUGGUGGGGGUGUGUUCCAUAGGGGAAGUGGUUUGGGGCCAGUGCACGAAGACUGGACCUUGCACGUGUCAGACCUCCAGCGGUUUUGUAGACCUCACACCUCUCGCUUCUUCAUCGGGCAACCCCAAGUACAAGGACCAACCUGACGCCUUAGGAUCUGGCUUCAUGUUCUCUUGGAAUCCAUGUACGCCCUUUGAUGAGCUGACUGACUGCAAGCAGGUUUCUGGAUGCCAAGUUUCAUCCGAUUUAGCCCAGUCUUUCAUGUUGGGUACCCAAGACUCUGCUACAUUCGAAAACAGCUCUGGUACAUUGCAGAUCAAAUAUUCUGCUACUCAAGAUAGCAAAACAAGGUCGCUAGUUAUCGACUUGAUCUGUGACCAAAAGGUUGAAGAUGGAAACCUGGUGGUUCAGGGGGAGCUACUCCCUUUGACUUACUCUAUGCAGCUGACCAGUUCCCACUGCUGUAUCAAACCUGCAUCAAAGGCAGAGGAAGGACUAUCCGCUGGAACUAUUCUUCUUAUCGUGUUCUUCUCCCUGGCUGGUGUAUACGUUACUGUGGGUUUCACCCUCCAGAUCUGUGUCCGGAAAGCCACGGGUUUCGAGAGGAUCCCCAACUCCACCUUCUGGUUGCCUAUUGUGGGGUUUAUUAAGGAUGGCUUUAAAUUCACUUUUACAUGUGGCAAAGCCAGCUACAGCCAAAUAUGACCUGAUAAAAAUCUUUAUUUGAUGUCGAAAGUUUAAACGUCCAAAGACAAAUCGUUUCCUUGACGUUGACUGCCAGCAUAAAGGUUAACAUUGCACAAAGAGGAAUGUUCCCGAUGUCACGCUUGUUACAUUCGUUGAUGACUGGGGCACAACCCACACAAACCUUGAUCUCAUUACAGAUAAUGUAUCUGGCCUUGAGCAGGCAUCAGACGUAAAUACGCUGAGAUGAUGAAAUGGAAGUAAAAUAAACAACAUCUGUAUAA